GGACGUAAUGGGGAAGCUUCAAUCUACGUAACCCUGCGAAGAAUUGCUUAAAAUGAGUGUUUUUGACUACAAUAUUUUAACAAUAGUAUUUCAAAACGUUAAUAUGAAAUAUAAUUAAAACGAUAGGCGUUUAUAUAUGAUCGUCGGGUUUGAUAGGAGUAGCUAGCUUAGCUUGAGGGAACGUAAUGUCUGGACCAAACGGAGAUCCCGAAAUCAACAUCGACGAGGAGAUAAUCAACGACGAAGACGAGUUCAACGAGGAUGAGUACACUGCCAUCAAUUCCAUGCUGGAUCAGAUCAACUCCUACCUGGAUGGCCUGGAGGAGCGUAACGAUGCUCUCAACGGUAAAUUGCUCGAACUACUAGAGUCCAACCGGCAAGCCCGACUGGAGUUUAGAGCCCAACUGGUUGGUUCUCCAAUGCAGGAGGAAAACCUUCCUGCAGAUAUUGAUGGUACGCCACCCAGCGAGCAGAACCUGGAUGAGGACACUGGAGGGAAGUGAUGGGUGGUGCUGGAAUCCAAGAAUAGCAAUGUUUAUGAUAGUGGACUCUUUUUCCACCUGACCGUGGCCACUGUCCUACAUUCAUGCUUAUGCUGUAUUUGCAUCACUGUCAGUGCUACAAAUGA